UGCAUUCCCAAUCAUCACCAGUUCACCACCAUCUUCCUCGAUUCUCUCUCUAAAACCUCUCCGUUUCCCUCUCUCUCUCCACUUCAUUCGUGAAUCGCGCGUGCGUGUGUCGUUGGCCGCCGCGUCCCCUGCGUCAAAGGAAGAAGAGGCCGAGGGGGGAGGUCGAUCGGAUCGACCGAUGGCGAAGGGCGGGCUGAGCAAGCUGCGGUGCAUGAUCCGGAGGUGGCACUCGUCCAGCCGGAUCGCCCGCGCGCCGCCGUCGCCCGGCGAGGACGACGGCGCCAUCGCCGGCGUGGAGGAGGACGCGCGCGGCGCGUCGUUCCACGGCGCGGACGAGGUGCCCAAGGGCCUGCACCCGGUCUACGUCGGCAAGUCGCGCCGCCGGUACCUCAUCGCCGAGGAGCUCGUCGGCCACCCGCUGUUCCGGACCCUCGUCGACCGCAGCGGCGGCGGCGGCAGCGCCGGCGCCGCCGAGGCGGGCUGCACCGUCGUCGGCUGCGAGGUGGUCCUGUUCGAGCACCUCCUCUGGAUGCUCGAGAACGCGGACCCGCCGCCGGAGUCCCUCGAUGAGCUCGUCGAGUACUACGCGUGCUGACCGCUGCAAAGCGCCUGGUCGAUCGGUCGGUCGGUCGGUCGUGCCGGCGGCCGCCGUAGGGGUAGAGUCGUGGCGAUGUUGAGCUCCAAACGCCGGCGUGCCAAGCGUAAGCGCAAGGACCCUGCUCUCUCUCGGCGCCGUUGAUCUCGUUUUUUUCUCAUCCUCGCUAGUGAUUGCUUGCUUCAUGUAAUUGACUUUAUUUUGGUUUUCGAGAUUUUUUUUCCCUUCUGUCAAUAAGAUAAAUCUCUCGAGUCUAGCUGGCAGGCAGAGUGCGUCCAUGUACAUUGCAAAUUGCAACCGAAAUCUUCAAUUCCGAUUCUUGGAAUUCGUUAGUC